AGAGAAAACCCUAAGCAGGUUCCACACCUAGCACACACGGGGUUCAAUCCCACAAUGGUGAGAUCAUGACCUGAGCCUAAAGCAAGAGAGAUGGACGCUCAACUGACUGAGCCACCCAGACGCCCCUCAGAUAAAUUAAUUUUAAUCUUAGCCAACUUGACCACACAUAAAAUUCCUUUCCCAAUAUUCCUUUUUUACAAACAUUCUAGGUCUUUUUUACAUUCAUAUUUUGUCCUGUGUUUUUCCCACUUUCCCAUUCUGAAGUAGCCUCACUUAAGGACAAAAUUUCUUUUCCCUUAACAAAAAUGCCUCUCUGUUCCUCAUAGCUUCUCUUACCGAAAACACACAUGCUCCUUUCCUUGUGUACAGAGAUGUUUCUCUUAUUAUUUCCAGUAGCUUUUACUGCAUAUUAUUUAGAAUUUUUAACCCUUAGAAACUAAUUUCUAGUGAAAACUGAGAUGUAAGCUGUUGUGAACUGCAUGUUAAACCAGCAUUCUUCAUGUUGGCAAAUGUAUGAAUGAAUAUAUUUAAUAAUUUUUAGAAGCAUACACUUCUGUUUAGACUACCCGCAGAGACUUUAUGAGACAUUAGACAAAGACAGCCAUCAUCCGAUUAUUUUUCCUAUUGAUGAUAUAAUAUAGAUAACAUAUAUUCAUAUCAUAUUAUCAUAUAGAUAAUAUGAGUUUAUUUGAUUAGUAAACCCAUGUAGAAUAAAUGUUGUAUGUCUGCAUUAUAUUUAAUGCUGAUAAUGCUGAAGACAUGUCUAUUUUUUUUAUUUUCUAGUAAGACUAAAUUUAUUCAAUAUCCUAGUAAAACUUUUGAUUGUAAAUCUCCAACAGUGUAAAAAGUACAAAACACAUUUGUAGAUUUCUAAUAUAUUAAUACAAAGUGCAUGACUACAUACAGUACAUCCUACAGGCAAAGAGGUGGAAGAGGAAAAAGAAGGCUGUGAUUGAGGUCUAGUAAUAAAUCAGAAGUAUAGAUGAUCCAUAUUAUAAUAUAUUCUACCACCAAUACUGUAGCCAAAAUGUACAAAAAAAAUUUUUUUUGAAACAACAGGAGGAAGAUGAUAGUGGCUGAUGCUCUUGGAAUUCACCGCAGAGGCUGUGGGAGAGCCAACCCAACCCACGGUGUAUUCUGUGCAUAUGGUGGCUUGUUUUUGCCAUAAGGAAGAAAUAUAAAAUUUUAAAUUUAGAUUAAGAACUAUAAAACUAUAGGGUACCCAUAAAAAGUGGCUCACUCCUUACUGUUACUUAUACUGUCUAAUUUUUAAAAUCCAAUUUUAAAAAUAAACACAAUGUCAUGUUAUUAUAAGGUAGGCAAAUGAUCCUCCCUAAUUAUGAAAAGUCUGAACCAGUGAUAGGUUAUUCCUGAACAUUUAGAAAAGAGGCAAUGAGAGUACUUUGGUUUGGGUUCAAGUAAAAAGCCUUUUUUUUUUUUUUUUUUAAGUAAAAAGCCUUCAAAUGAAGAUUUUAGAAUUGAAGAGCUUCGUGUUCAGGAUGCAUCAUCUAACAUUUCAAUGUUAACAAAGCCUGUUAACAAAGAAGUCAAACCUAAACCAGCCCACUCAGCAUUAACACACACCUCUCUUUUCUUUUAGUAUAAUUUUACUUCAAUAUAGAGUGGGGGGGAAAAAAAAAACACCCAAGCCCUAAUAGAGUAAAACCAAUCAAACAACCACUCUACACAGACAAAACCUUUGCAAAGGUCAACUGAAGUAAUCCAGAGCUAAAACUGAAUUGUGCAGAUUUUCAAUGAAGUCACCAGUCAUGUAACACAAACAAAAGUCAAUUAUUUACACACUAGGCAGACCGUCUAAGAAAUGUGCCCAAAGAAACAUUAACCUUUGUUUUUGUGUGUAUGCCAUUCUGAAGACUUGCACAAUUUUUUAGGUAAUUUAACAUUUUUAAUAGACUGUGAUCUCUACCAUGCGGUAAUGCUUUGGUACUCUUCAUUUAGGAUUGCUCAUCCUAAAACUUUACAUUUCCCCAGAGGAGCUUUGAUUCUGUUUUAGCAGUUUCAAUAUAGAUUAAAAUCUUUAUCAAAAAUCAGUAUGGAGGGAGGUGACAGAGGAUGCAACAUACACACUCAAGUUACCUCUCUGUAUGUUUAGAAAUUACUCCUUCAAGGUGUUUGCACCAGAGAACUUAGUCUGUCCUGCUUAAUAUUCAGUAGUACAGGUUUGAAUCAUCAGAACCUUGGCAAGACCUUAAAUUAUUAACAACUACCUCUUGGGGCAAGUCCAUGUUACUGAGUUAUGACAAAUUUAUCAUCAUGAAGGAAAACAAGGACAGCCAGCCAUCUUAAAAAUGCCCCAACCACUGCUUCUUAAUAUAGAAAGAGUAAAACUACAUACGUUUAUCAUACAACAAAUCCCAUCUCUGUCCCCUGAAAUUCCCCUAGUUUCAUUCAUUAGAAGGGGAUUUAAAAAAAAAAAAGUCUUAAAGAGCACUUUAUAGCAGCAUCCAGCUUUCCUAUGAAAUACUCAACAUCUUAAAUAUUAUGUAUACUUUUUUUCUUUUAGUAAGCUGGACACUGGCUUCAGACUUUGUGGAAUUGGAGGAGAAAUAACAACCCAUUCAAAGCUAUUCUAGAAAGUGUCUUUUGGCAGAAUAGCAGGUAUCCAAAGUUAAAAAUAGGAGGGUUUUGUUGCUUUGUUUUCUUUCCAAAAUUUAAAUCGUUUUUGUUGUUGUUGUUGUUGUUGUUCCCUUUCUACCUAAACCUCAGUCACCACUCCUGAGUGGAGAUGGGCAGAGGCCCUGGCCCCCACUCCUCCGGCUUCUCAGCAGCUGCUUUCUUAUUGUUGCAGCAAGGCUUAGGUGUGUGACAAUAGGUGUGUGACAAUGAGGACUUCUCCAAAAUGGCCUUUAUAGAUAAUCCCACAACAUAUUUUCUGUCUUUUCCAGUAUGUAAGGUCUAAAAAGGAAAAUGGGCGUUCUGUUGGAGCCAGGAGCCAUCUCUGUAUCUGAGCCAUCAUCUGACUGGUUACCAUAACAAGGAGACUGAGCUGGGGAGGCACUUGAGGUGGUACUGUGAGCAUCAGAAUUGUGACGUUUAAAUUCCUUCUGUAGUUUACUGAUCUGGUUGCUUUUUAUCCUGUUUCCAGAUAGAGUUUUCACUGUCUUUGGUUUCAGUGUUGUCUUCAGACUGGGUCCUGUCCUUGCAUCUGCUAUAUGAUUCCAGUUGUUUGUUUGUUUGUUUGUUUGUUUGUUUGUUUAUACUGCUGGCAGUUUCUUCCAUCUUUUCACAAACAGGACACAGGCAUCCCAGAUGUCUCCUCAGUGAGUCUCAUGCAACCCAGGACAGCUCUGGAAGUCUUUUUCAUAGCAUUUACUGUCAGUGAAUCAAGAACUGGAGGACUUAGCUCUGCAAAUACAGCAGCCCUCUAUACUUGGUUACAUCCUUGGGUUGUGAAAACCAAAUAUCUUUUCUUCUGGGCAACAGUCUUCCAAAAUCAGCGGAUCUACGCACAAUAACGUUCCCGAGGUCUGGAGUGCACGCCAAGCUAGCCUCCCCCCGCUUCCAAUUGCUCCCUCCUCCUCAACUUCCUUGUCUAGGACAUGUCUAUUUUUUUAUGUUUAUUUUUGAGAGAGAGAGACAGACAGACAGACAGACAGCAUGUGAGCAGGGAAGGGACAGAGAGAGAGAGAGGGAGACACAGAGUCCCCGGGCUCCAAGCUGUCGGCCCAGAGCCCAAAACAGGGCUCGAAUUCACAAACCGUGAGAUCAUGACCUGAGCUGAAGUCUGAUGCUUAACUGACUGAGCCACCGAGGCACCCUAAGACAUGUCUAUUUUAAUUUAACCAACAAAUUUAAAUUAACUUUAAUACCAAAUAUUUUCCCAGAUCAUGUGAACUUGAAGACCAUUUGGGUUAGUUCCUAUCAUAUUUCUGAGUGUUAGGAAUACUUAAUUCAUAUAAAUGCUUGCUUGUUUUUAAGCCAAUUAAAUACAAACACAUUAAUUUUGUCAAUACCGUUCAGAGGAAGAAAAUACCACACAUCUAUAAUGCAUUUAUGUAAAGAUACAUGUAAACAUGCAGACAUACGCAAAGAGAGACCUUAUAGCUUUCAUUGAAAAUUUUAGCAACAAAGGAGCACCUGGGUAGCUUAGUCAGUUAAGCUUCCAACUUCGGCUCAGGUCAUGAUCUCAUGGUUCAUGAGGUUGAGCUCCACAUCGGGCUCUGCACUGACAGUGCAAAACCUGCUUGAUAUUCUCUCUCUCUCUCUCUCUCUCUCUCUCUCUCUCUCUCUCUCUCUCUCUCUCUUUGUCUCUCCCUCCCUCCUUCCCUCCCUCUGUCUCUGUCCCUCCCCCACUCAUGUUUUUUCUCUAAAUAAAUAAAUAAAUAAACUUAAAAAAAAUAUUAGGGUAUGAUAAUGCAAAACUUACUAGUUUGUAAAAGCAUUUGGAUCCAAAUCAAGUUUCUGGUAGAUGAAGUGAGGUUAUCUACAAAGAUGUUGAAAGCUUUUUCUACUAAUAUUUGUGGGGAAGGCACUUAAGAUUUACAGUUGUCCUUAAAAGUAAUCUUAUAGAAGCCGUGAACCAGAUUUGGGACAAGGGACCUUCUGUAGCAAUUCGUAUUUGUAGAAAGCCUCUCCCCACUUUUUUCUUCAUUCCUAGGAAUUAGGGAUGGUCUAGAUAAGAGUUCCUGGAGACAACCAGGUAGAGCAUUUACCUCUCAAAAGCACAGGGAAAGAGUGCUAGUUCCUCUAAGAAGUACUUUUGUUCCCUAAGGUCAGAAUUUUUACAGUCCUUACAAACCUUUUGAGAAAAGUAAGGCAGGUUUGGGGAUUGGUGAAAAGGAUAGGUGGACUUUGAAUUGUUUCUGGAGCUGCAUUUCUGGUUUUGCAAAGAUUUGUAAGAUAAGGACAGUUGCUUUUAAUUUCUCAAGGAAUUGGGUUGUAACUUAAAUGAUAGCAUAUGUUGGUUGAUCCACCCAUUUAAAGCACAUUAAUUUGCUUUUUUUUUUCUUUAUAUCAGUAAGAUUUCCAACUAAGAUGAAGAUCAAAGAUCUCUGUGUUCUGAGUUUAGAGCUGUUUGCCUUUUCAGUGUUUUAGCAAAUCCUUCCACAAAGUCUUCAGAAGUUUUUUUCUUUCUGGAUACAUAAUUUUAGCUUAGGGGAGAAGGGCUAAAAAGAAAUUCCUAUCAGGCUCUGAUCCAGUGUGGUCAACUUCUGACCACUGUGUUACUUUAAAAAGUCCUUUCAGGGGUACCUGACUGGCUCUGUUGGUAGAGUGUGUGACUCUUGAUCUUGGGGUUGUGAGUUCAAGCCCCAUGUUGAGUGUAGAGAUUACUUAAAAAUAAAAUCUCUCUCUCUCUCUCUCAUACACACACACACACACACACACACACACACACACACACACAAAGCCUUUCAAAUAUUUUGUCAAGUUCAAGCUGGGACAAACAGUAAAUAUUCCUGGCAGUAUUGAACAACCCCUUGGACUCAAGAGGCAUCCCCAAAGAAGAUGCAAAAGAUAUUUUCUUUUCCUCUCUCUACUGACUACGACAGACAGAUACCAGGAAGAGCUGACUCAGCCUCUGCACUUAGAUACCUUCAUGAAAACAGAAUCAUCCAUCGGGAUCUGAAACCAGAAAACAUCGUCCUGCAGCAAGGAGAACAAAGAUUAAUACACAAAAUUAUUGACCUAGGAUAUGCCAAGGAACUGGAUCAGGGCAGUCUCUGUACUUCCUUUGUGGGGACCCUGCAAUACCUGGCCCCGGAACUCCUGGAGCAGCAGAAGUACACAGUGACUGUGGACUACUGGAGCUUCGGCACCUUGGCUUUUGAGUGCAUCACAGGCUUCCGACCUUUCCUCCCUAACUGGCAGCCCGUGCAGUGGCAUUCCAAAGUCCGGCAGAAGAGUGAGAUGGACAUUGUUGUCAGUGAAGACUUGAAUGGAGCGGUGAAGUUUUCCAGCUCCUUACCCUAUCCCAAUAAUCUGAACAGCGUCCUGGCACAGCGACUUGAGAAGUGGCUGCAGCUGAUGCUGAUGUGGCACCCACGACAGAGGGGCACCGAUCCUGUGUAUGGUCCCAAUGGCUGUUUCAAGGCCCUGGAUGACAUCUUAAACCUAAAGCUGGUUCAUAUCUUGAACAUGGUCACAGGCAUCAUUCACACGUAUCCAGUGACAGAGGAUGAGAGUCUGCAGAGCUUAAAGGCCAGAAUCCAGAAUGACACAGGGAUCCCCGAGGAGGACCAGGAGCUGCUGCAAGAAGCUGGUCUGGCAUUGAUCCCUGACAAGCCGGCUACUCAGUGUAUUUCAGAGGGCAAGCUGAAUGAGGGCCGCACAUUGGACAUGGAUCUCGUCUUUCUCUUUGACAACAGUAAAAUCACAUAUGAGACUCAGAUCUCACCACGGCCCCAACCUGAAAGUGUCAGCUGUAUCCUUCAAGAGCCCAAGAGGAACCUCUCCUUCUUCCAGCUGAGGAAAGUGUGGGGCCAGGUUUGGCACAGCAUCCAGACCCUGAAGGAGGACUGUAACCGGCUACAGCAGGGACAGCGAGCUGCCAUGAUGAAUCUCCUCCGGAAUAAUAGCUGCCUCUCCAAGAUGAAGAAUUCUAUGGCUUCCAUGUCUCAGCAGCUCAAAGCCAAGUUGGAUUUCUUUAAAACCAGCAUCCAGAUUGACCUGGAGAAGUACAGUGAGCAGACAGAAUUUGGGAUCACAUCAGAUAAACUGCUGCUGGCCUGGAGGGAAAUGGAACAGGCUGUGGAGCUCUGUGGGCGGCUUUUUCAUCAGGAGAAUGAAGUGAAGCACCUGGUGGAGCGGAUGAUGGCGCUGCAGACCGACAUUGUGGACCUGCAGAGGAGCCCCAUGGGGCGGAAGCAGGGGGGAACGCUGGACGACCUAGAAGAGCAAGCGAGGGAGCUUUACAGGAGACUUCGGGAAAAACCCAGAGACCAACGAACUGAUGGUGACAGUCUUGAAAUGGUCCGGCUGCUUCUUCAGGCCAUCCAAGGCUUUGAGAAGAAAGUGCGAGUGAUUUAUACGCAGCUCAGUAAAACUGUGGUUUGCAAGCAGAAGGCUCUGGAACUGUUGCCCAAGGUGGAAGAGGUGGUGAGUUUAAUGAACGAAGACGAGAAGACUGUCGUCCGGCUUCAGGAGAAGCGGCAGAAGGAGCUCUGGAAUCUCCUGAAGAUCGCUUGUAGCAAAGUUCGUGGUCCUGUGAGUGGAAGCCCAGAUAGCAUGAAUGCUGCUCGCCUCAGUCACUCUGGUCAGCUAAUGUCUCAGCCUUCCACUGCCCCUAACAGCUUGCCUGAGUCUGUCAAGAAAAGUGAAGAACUGGUGGCUGAAGCACACACGCUCUGCACCCAACUAGAAAAUGCGAUGCAAGACACCAUCAAAGAGCAGGACCAGAGUUUAAGGUCUCUAGACUGGAGCUGGUUACAGACGGAAGAAGAAGAGCAGAAUGGCCUGGAACAGGCCUCUUGACUGUGUGGGUGGCCUUGACCACCUGAUGGGACUGCCUGCCCUGAGGCCCUCCCAUGGUGGCCCCCGCUGUCAUGAUGUCCCAGCAGUCUUCGGCACCCAGGCAAAGAUCUUCUCACUUCCCUAGGAGUUGUGACAUUCACCGUGGGCCAGGGCUGGCGUCCUCUGCAGGCACCGCCAGCAACUUGUCUGCACACUGGAAGUCCUGCGUCUUGGAGGCUCAGCAAACACUGCUGCCAAGCAUGAGCAUUUAGGGAGACCAAGCCACUGCAGCUGCUUCCUCUGGUCUGGAAAAAGUUCUCAAAGUACUUUGCCCCACAGAUCACUGGACAAAUGUCUAACAUGACUCUUUCAGGACAAACUGUGGAGGACGCUUGGUGUCAGCCUGCCCUCUCCUGACCCCUCUUGAUCUCCAGAGGUCCUGAUCCGCCUGUCCUCACAGCUAAUGUUUCAUCUGGAUUUGGAACUAAACAGACUUUUAAAUUGUAGAGUUGGCAUGGCCCCAUCCUUUCUCUUCCUCUUUUCAUUUCACUGCUGCUAAAAUUUCCCUUUUACCCACUACUUUGGUGGUCGUGCCCCCAUUGGCAAGGUCGUAGGUGAAUGCCAGCUCUCCCCAUCUGUAGCCCUUUCAGCCACAGAGUGACCUGCCAGCACCAGGUCAGAGAGCAGCUUCCUUCCUUCGGGUCCCGGAGACUACCUGCGAAUGAGCUCUUGUGCAGAAGAACGGAAGAAGAAAAGGGUAUCUGUCAACCAUAAGUCUGCUGACCCCUGUGCCCACACCUGUGUCCCUGCUCAGACACAUCUAUGUGCGGUGGUGCUGGGAUGGGGGAGCGCCUGUUUCUCAUAUCAUCUAGCAGUAUUAUUAAAUUGACUUAUUUAAAAAAUAGUUUCCAUAUUUUGCAACAUGACUCAAGCAUUUAUACUGGGUUCCACAACCUGUUUUUGGCAAUAUUUAUGGUCAGGACUUAGGAACUCAAAAACCAGCUUAAUGGAAAAUGUUAUAAAAUUGAAUAGUGCCUGGAUCUGAUGUUGUCUUAGCACCAGCACUGCUUCUUUGACAUUUCACAAAAGUUCUUUAUGUUAAAAGCAGGAAAACAAAACGAGUUUAGAUGAUCACAAAUAGGCGAGUUUGGUCAGAAAAGAAAGUUGGAAUAGGAGGAUUUUACAAACUGGCUUCCAUGGAAACAGUACAAAGGGUUUCAGGGUCAAGUACAUUUAGGAAAUGCUUCAUGCUUUAAUUGCCUCUUGGAGAUUCCCAUUGUACACUGGCAUAGUAAAGUUUCUGAGAGUCCUACAAUAAUAAACUGGCUUAACUGUGUAAAUCUACUGUUUGCCAAAUGCCUUUGACAGCAGAGCCGUUUUUCCCCCAUGUGAGUGUAACAUUUGAUACAGCAUGAUUUUGGAAACACUGGUGAGGAACAUAGUGGGAAAUAAGACCAGAACGGGAGGCUGCGAUGGAGCCAGACUGGGGAGGGAAUGAAUGCGAGACUAAGGGUUAUGGGCUUCACUGAAGAAUUUUAGCAAGAAAAUGACAUCACCAAAGCAAUGGUUUAAAAAGGCUAACAUAGGGGCUCCGGGGUGGCUCAGUGGGUUAAGCAACUCUUGGUUUUGGCUCAGGUCAUGAUCUCACGGGUUCGUGAGUUCGAGGCCCACAUCAGCUCCACACUGACAGUGCAGAACCUGCUUCGGAUUCUCUCUUUACCUGUCUUCCCCCACCCCAAAUAAAUAAAUAAACUUUAAAACAUUUUUUUUUAAUAUUAAAGGGAAAGACUAACUGGAA